CUGGGAGAGGGCUGGAUGAUUAACUUCCCACAAAGGAAAGCAGGUGUGGCCACUUCAGUGUAUUCUGUGAAUGGAGCAAAAAUUGGGUCGCGUGUUUGCAAGCUCACGUUCUUAAGGAGACCCACAAACUUAGCACCACCAACCAGCGUUUAGAAGCGACAGGAUUGCGCCUCCACGCAAUGAAGAUACCGCGGCGCGCGGCAGACGGGAGCUCCCCGUUGCCCGCCUCCAGCGCUCCCGUCCGGCGACUCAGCAGCCUGACCGAAACCGCUGCCUCGGAGAUGAGCAGCGGAAUAUACGGCGCCCCAAGGCGAGGCCGCUGCCUUUGGUUUCCAUGGCUGCCCGACCUCUAUCCAAACAACAGAAUCAAAGACCUUCAGUAAACAAAAGCCGCCAACGUUUGCAGCAGAAAAAGGUGCCUCAGAAGAUAGAAGAAACACUGGAAUUGCCAGAUGGAGCAGCAUUGUCACCUCUGGAGAAGGCUGAGCAACAGGAGUCCAAAAAUCAACAGGUGGAAGUUGGACUUGAACAGUCUUGUAAUAGUGACCCAACUGCAGCAACAAGUCCACAGCCUGUGAAAAAGAAAAUGGAAUUGCAGGAGAAGUCUCGGUGGGAAAUCCUUCAACAAGAGCAGAAACUGAUGGAAGAAAAAAAUAAACGCAAGAAGGCUUUCCUUGCUAAAGCAAUUGCUGAAAGAUCUAAAAGAACUCAGGCUGAAACAGUUAAAUUAAAGCGGAUUCAAAAGCAGCUCCAAGCUUUAGAUGACAUGGUAUCUGCUGAUAUUGGGAUCCUGAGAAAUAGGAUUGACCAGGCAAGCUUGGAAUAUUCAAGUGCUCGGAAGCGUUAUGAUAAAGCAGAAUCGGAAUAUGUGACUGCAAAACUGGAUCUCCAAAAGAAAACAGACGUUAAAGAACAACUUGCAGAGCACUUGAGCACAAUCAUACAACAAAAUGAACUCCGAAAGGCAAAGAAAUUGGAGGAGUUGAUGAAAGAGCUGGAAGUAGAAGCUGAUGAAGAGAACUUGGAACUGGAGAUUGAAGUAGAGCAAAUGUUGCAACAGCAGGAGACAGAAGCUAGAAAGCAAGAGAUCGAGACACAAAAGCUUGCUCAGAUUGAUGUGCAGGACACAGUUUCUCAGACUUUGAGUGAAGGACAUGAAAAUGAAAACCUUAGAAACAUUAAUGGAGCAAUUUAGAAGUUCCCAUAUGGAUGACCAAAGUCACACAGCAAACUCUGUUUACGAAAUAAAUUAUGAUUCAUCCAGAA